AAAAUGACUAACACAAAGGGAAAGGGGAGAGGCACCUGCUCUAUGCUCUCUAGGUGUUUUAGAAAACAUGGUGUUGUUCCUUUGGCCAUGUAUGUGCAAAUCUAUGAGAAAGGUGAUUUUGUAGACAUCAAGGGAAUGGGCACUGUUCAAAAAGGAAUGUCCCACAAAUGUUACCAAAUCGGAGGCAUCUACGGUGUUACCCAGCAUGCCGUAGGCAUUGUCAACAAAGUUAAGGGCAAGAUUCUCACCAAGAGAAUUAGUCUAUGUAUUGCGUACAUUAAACACUCUAAGAGCCAAGAUAGCUUCCUGGGGCGUGUGAAGAAAAAUGAUCAGAAAAAGAAGGAAGCCCAGGAGAAGGGUGCCUGGGGCCACCUGAAGCUCCAGCCUGCUCCACGCAGAGCUGCGCACUGUGUGAGGACCCGCGGAAAGGAGUGUGAGCUGCCGGAACCCACCCCCUGUGAAUUCAUGGCGUGA